AUGCCUCCCACAAUAGAUGAUAUGGAAAAAUCCAGUUCCACGUUCACGGAAGGAAUUGAGGCUCCGCUUGGAGCAAAUGUUGGAGAAACCACCGACAUGGUAACGCCACCUACAUUCUCGCCAGACAUGGAAAAGCAGGUGCUACGUAAGAUGGACGUACAGUUAAUUCCGAUGCUUGCGAUUCUCUAUCUUUUGGCCUUCCUGGACCGUGGAAAUAUCGGGAAUGCGAAAAUCGAGGGACUUCUCGAUGAUUUGCAUAUGACGGGGCCGCAAUACAAUUGGUGCUUAACUGUCUUCUUCUUCACCUAUUGUGUGUUUGAAAUGCCCAGCAACUUGCUACUGAAGAAGCUGAGGCCCUCGCGUCUCCUACCCCUGCUCAUGGUGUCCUGGGGCAUCGUCAUGACGUUGAUGGGGGUGGUUCAGAACUAUGGGGGGCUAUUGAGUGCACGUCUCUUCCUGGGCGUUGCCGAAGCUGGACUAUAUCCUGGGAUCGCAUACUACAUCACACUGUGGUAUCCUCGGCAUCGUGCCCAGUAUCGUCAGGCGUUGUUCUUCAGCGCCGCCAGCAUUGCAGGUGCCUUCUCCGGAAUCCUCGCGUAUGCAAUUGCGAAAAUGGAUGGCGUGGGCGGUUAUGCUGGCUGGCGCUGGAUCUUUAUCCUUGAAGGCCUUCUAACCGUGGUGAUCGCCCUCGUCGCACCUUUUCUCAUCCACGAUUUCCCAGAAACGGCAAAGUUUCUCACCGACAAAGAACGUACAUAUCUGCUUCAUAUGCUACGGUCGCAGAUCAUAGACCAAGAGACACGGUACCCGGCGGCUAUGCAGGAACAGACCAAUUUUCAGAUCAGCUACGUGGUGGAUGCAUUGACAGAUUGGCAAGUCUACGUCGGUCUAUUUAUGUAUUGGGGGAUCACAUGCCCCCUUUAUGGCAUCUCGUUCUUCCUCCCCUCUAUCAUCCAGGAUCUUGGAUAUACCUCCUCGACUGCUCAACUUCUCACCGUACCGAUCUAUGUCACUGCCGCAAUAGUGGCAGUGGGAGCUGCCUGGAUGUCAGACCGAUAUCAGCAGCGAUCUCCCUUUAUUGUCUUCUUCAUGUGUCUGAUCACCCUGGGUUUUAUCGUUGUCCUUGCGUCGACGGGCCGUGGUGUCCCUGGUGUGGUCUAUUUUGGUGUAUUCCUUGUCGUGAUUGGUAUCUAUCCCUCCUUCCCAGGGAACGUCACUUGGCUCAGUGUCAAUCUAGCGGGCGAUUACAAACGAGCGGCCGGAAUGGCCCUGCAUAUCGGGGUGGGAAAUUUAAGUGGAGCCAUGGCAUCAAACUUCUACCGGGCUAAAGACGCGCCAAAUUAUAUCCUAGGCCACUCGCUGGAACUUGGGUUCUGCGUCGUAGGAAUUAUUGCAGCCACGGCCUUGCGUCUGUCCUAUCAGCACAUCAAUCGGAAACGCGAUCGAAUGGAUUUGACCCAAUAUGACGAAUUUCUGAUGGUGAAACUGGGUGAUAGAUCUCCGAUGUUCCGAUAUAUGCUCUAG